CUAACUAUAUUAUGGCUGUGCGUGCGCCCAUGGAACAAUGCUCCGAUUUUUCUUUUCUUAGCGAGUCCGCCCCCGGCACCACCGUCGAUGAUCUCGUAGACCAGCUCACCAUGCCCGAUUAUGCAAGCCUGGAUGUUUCGAACUCCUUUUUUAGAAAAAAACAAGAAAAACUCUUAUCUGGAAAUGCAUGACCCGAUAACGACAGACCAUAUUGCACGGACAAAGGUGUUUCUGUUGAUCUACCGCAAAUUCAUGCGUCCGCGCGAACUCCUCGAGAUGUUCAUUGCGCGUUUCGACGCGCUGCAGGACUCUGCCGAUGACGAGGAUAUGGAGGCCAACAAGACACGACUAAGGAUUUGUUCGUGUCUUUACUAUUGGUUCAAGGAUCAUCCGAACGAUAUUCUCCAUCGCCAGACUCGGCAGCGCGUGGUUACAUUCCUACGUGAGCGUGUCGCGCUGUUUCCAUAUCUAAACCAGUACUACAUCCAGCUACUAUCCCUAUCCUCGAUCCAUUAUUUCAACACCUGGCGAUGGCCACACCCGGACCAUGGUGAUCAUGCCAGUGUGUCCUCGCGUGCGUCCUCUAUCUCUGGCACACAUAUCUCGGCCUCGGUCUCGUCGGUCUCGGACGAUGACUCGGAUUCGGGCUUCCCGGACACGGGCAGCGUCCAUAGCGAGGAGGAAAUGGACGAGGACCGCGAGUGGGGACUGGUGGACGAGGAUGAAGUCCCGUUCGAGCAUAUCGAGACCAACGGGAACACAGGUCCUGGCAGCAAGAAGAACUCGAUGAACCUGGACAGCCUUACGGCGCUUGUGCACCCGGUCUUGGUGGGCAGUGGCGCGAUUAAUAGUCGGCCACAUUCAAAGACACUAUUUCCGAAUCAUUAUGUGCUGGGUCGGGAUCGUCGAUCGAGCACUGGAUCGUUUGCGCAAUCGCCGUGCGCUAUGGAGACGUUUGUCGCAGGACGCAGGGGUUCGGCGUCGUCGGUUUCGUCAAAUCCGGGACCGUUCACGAUCACGUCGCCAAUAGUUUACCUUCAGCAACAGCAACAGCAACAGCAACAGCAGCAGCAGCAGCAGCAGUCGGGGCCAUACGCGAUGACAGCGAUGGUGGGGUUUCCGGAGGGCGAGGGGUUGCCACUACAUACGCCGCCGAUGGGUCCGAUCCCGCUCAUUGGCAAGAGGAGUAGCAGCCAGUCCUAUCGUCAGCAGCGGAAUAUAUUGGUCAACCAGCCAGGGGUGAUCACAACAUCGCCAUCACCGGGAUUGGUUCAGUCCGCGCCUAUGCCUAUGCUCGGAAGUGUAGCGCAGGGGUCGUAUUCGACACCGAUGUUGGCCUCUGCGCCGAUCUCGACGCUCGGACCUGCGGCACAGUCGACGUGCACUUUGGUAGGGUCAGAAGCACAGGGGCCGAUUGCUGCGGUGACGAAGGCGGCGUUGAGCUUCAAGGAUACGAUGGACGAGAAGAUGUAUCCGUUUACUCAGCAGCAGCAGCAGCAGCAACACCAUCAUCAUCAUCAUCAUCAUCAUGGAAAGAUACCGCAUUGUUCAUGGCUGCACUUGAGCUCUUCGCCUAUGGAUCAUCAUGCAUCGGUAGUGGCGUUCUUGGAGAUCAAAGAUACGACGAUUGCGGAUCAGCUCACUUGUAUGGAGUACAAACUUUUCAGGAAGCUGAAGCCGAGAGAUAUGCUCCGACAGGUGUGGAAGACCAAGAAGGGAUCGGUAGCGUUUCAGGGAUGUAUCAAGCAUUUCAAUUUCAUCUCGUCGUGGGUUGGCACGAUGACCCUACUGUCGCCGAAGGCCAAGCACCGCGCCAGGAUGAUGGAGAAGUUCAUCUCUAUUGCCAAGAUUCUGCGCGACAUGGGUAACUUCAACACGACGAUGGCGAUUAUCGGCGCGAUGAACUCGUCCUCGAUCCACCGCCUCUCCCAAACCCGGGAAUUACUCCAGAGCAAAGAGAUCUGGAACACGUUCAAGGAAUUGGAGCACCUGAUGAGUUCCGAACGCUCGUUCUUUGAGUACCGAGCCGCGCUGCGCACGUCCAGGACCCCAUGCAUCCCUUAUCUCGGGGUCCAUCUCGGGGAUUUGUUCUCGAUUGGCGAGGGCAACCGGGACUUUCGACAGGACGGGACAUUGCAUUGGCAGAAAUUCGUGUUGAUGACGGACGUGAUCUCGAUGGUGGUCUCGUUCCAACAGGGGUCCGAUCAGGUCUAUGGGAAGAUCCAGUUCGACCCCGAGAUCGCCAGGGUGAUCGUGGAUAGGCAGGUCUUGGACGAUGAGGCCAUGUACACGAAAUCGGUGGCGGUGGAGCCGCCGGGGAACGGGAAGUUGAGUCAUUCGAAGAGUCUGAGCAAAUUCGCGUUCUUUUGAGAGACGACUCGAAGGAACCUCCCCCCCCCCUCCUCUCCCCUUCCCUCGUUUGAACGACCUUUUUUUUUUUUGUGCUUUUACUUUGUUUGAUGACCGUUGUAUGCUUCUCUUGGAUCGGAUGCGUUUCAAAGGGAAGGUUGUAUAUAGUCCCAUGUAAUAUUUUCCACACCCUCUCAUUCAUCUUCUGUAAUAUAUCCGCAAUAACGAUACGACAAUAGUAGUAGUAGUAGUAGUAGUAGUAGUUAGUAAUAAUAUUCGCCGAGAAGAAGUCCCGAAGCGCGAAACGUAAAGUCCUUUUGUGUCUGUGUCUAUGUCUGCGUAUGUGUAUGCGUUGGGAUCGGCUUGUUUACUGAGGUGCAAAAGACCUACAGAG